GCAGCAAACGAGACACGACGCGACACGAGGCAAAAGCAGCAGCAGCAGCAGACACAGAGUCAGGCCGCGACGACAGGACAACGCCAACGUUAUCCUUGUUGAGAGUUUCGCAAUAUAUUUGUAUUGCAGCAGUCUCAACGAAAGCGUCGAACCAACCUAAUCGCAUCGAACACCCGAUUAAACGGUCAGAAAACUUCAGCAAAAAAAUGCAAUGACAAUUUCUACACAAAUAACACAAAAUAAAUGAACUAAAAAACACUUAAAGAAAAAACAAAUAGUUUAUUUGCCAAUAAAUAAAUCCUUGAGUAUAACUGUUGGUCCAGUGCGAACGUGUAUCUUGUAUAAUUCUUGUAUAACUUUCAAUCAAACUUCAAGCAACAAUCUAAGGAAAAGUGUUCGGCAACUGUCUCAAUUAUUUGCCAUUACUUUAGGUACAUUUUGUUUGUUUGCUUGCAGACGGCUGCUGCUGCUUCCUUUGAACUGAGCUAUCUUUAAUCAAAAAAAAAAAAAUAAUAAACAACAAAAAAUCACGCCAACAACCCACCUAAACUUAACCAAACCUAAACCAAGCUCUCUGCUGGAGCACAACUAAAGGCAAACUCAACUACGUAAACUCGACUAAAACUGAAGCAGAAGCAGAAGCAAAAAGCUGUUAAAACUUUUACUUUUACUAUUACUCGUACAAAACUAAACUAAAGAGGAACUGGCCAAAAGCCCAGCCGGGGCCAAGUUAGCAAAAUGAACGACAGUCGACGCAACACGGCCACAGAAUUUAGCUACAUUCUUCAGCGUCAGAACAACCAUCAGCCGACACAUCAGCAACAGGGACAGCAGCCACAGCAACAGCAGCCGCAGCAGCAGCAGCAGCAACAAAAUCCUUCCCAGCAACGGCAGCAGCCACAGCAACCACAGCAUGAUGCCACGCUGGUCGACACAUUGUCCUCGUUGCCACAGGCCUCGUUCAACUAUAUCAACUCCAUUGUAGGCAGUGGCGUCAUUGGCAUACCAUACGCCCUGCACCGGGCCGGGUUCGGCCUGGGCCUGGCCCUGCUCAUCCUCGUCGCCUACAUCACCGAUUACUCACUCAUCCUAAUGGUCAGAUGCGGCCACAUUUGUGGCAGGUUCAGCUAUCCGGGCAUCAUGGAGGCUGCCUACGGGAAGUACGGCUACUACCUGCUCUCCCUGCUCCAGUUCAUGUAUCCCUUUCUGGCCAUGAUAUCGUACAACGUUGUCGUGGGCGAUACCCUGUCCAAAGUGCUCGUUCGCUUCUUCCCCUCCUGGGGCGCCUCGAUGGGCGCUGUUCGACUGGGCGUGGUCUUCUUUGUCAACGUCGGCGUUGUGAUGCCCCUCUGCCUGUACAAGAACGUCUCCCGCCUGGCUAGGGCCAGCUUCAUCAGCCUGGCCUGCGUCGUCUUCAUCCUGUUUGCCGUCAUCAUCAAGCUCAUGUCCGGCGAUUAUAAAGUAACGGACACUGCGGAUUCGUGGAGCUUUGCUAACUCGGAUGUCAUACCAGCCACGGGCAUCAUGGUCUUUGCUUUCAUGUGUCAUCACAAUACGUUCCUCGUUUAUCAAUCGAUGCGCGACGCGACCAUGGAGCGCUGGGAGAAGGUAACCCACAUUUCGAUUGGUUUCGCCUGGACUGUGGCGGCCCUGUUCGGCAUCGCUGGAUACUCCACCUUCCGUGCCCUGUCCCAAGGCGACCUCCUGGAGAACUAUUGCUGGGAUGACGACCUGAUGAACUUCUCGCGUGUACUCUUCUCCAUUUCCAUACUGCUGACUUUUCCCAUCGAAUGCUUCGUUUCUCGAGAGAUUGUACGCGCAUUAGUCCAUCGGUUCGUGCUGAAGGAACCCAUCAGUGAGUUUACCCAGGACAAGGACCCCAACUUGGAGAAGGGAGCCAUCAUCGAUGAGUACUCGAAAGCCAUUACCAUGGCCAUCGUCUUCAGCGCCUUCAUCAUAUCGCCCAUGACCGACUGUCUCGGCUCGGUGCUGGAACUCAAUGGUCUCCUGGCAGCCAUACCCCUGGCUUAUAUACUGCCCGGGCUGGCCUACAUCCGGAUGGAGCCGCACGCCCUCUUCAGCCGCGAGAAGCUGCCCGCCCUGGGCCUGGUGGUGUUCGGUGCCCUGGUGACCAUCCUGGGAGCUGCGGUGCUGCUGCCCGGCCUAAUGGGCGAUGAUUGUCGGUCGGAUAUUGUGCUGGGCUACUGCCGGCAGGAGUUCCAGAAUGCCACCGCCGAUGUGGCCUCCUCAAAAACGGUGGAUUAGUCCGGGCGAUAGGAAGGGUAAUGGGAACGGAAUCGAAGCCAAAACGCAUUACUUCAGGCCAUUAGUAGUUGCAAGUCGGCGGGCUGGGAUCAUUGUUGUGUUCGUAUUUAGGUUUGGAGCUCUUGAUUUUACUCUCGGUUUUACAGCUGCACCUUCGCAAAGAAAGAAACUUGUACCUGAGCCUCAGAUACUCAAAAAGCACGAGUAUCUGUGGAAGUAAGUAGUAGGCAAAGUACUGUAUGGUACAGUGGGAAAUGGGAAGUGAUACGAGUGAAUCUCAGUACAAAGGCAAGGAAUUUUCUCUCUCCCUGAUCGAGUAACCCCGGUCUGGUUAUACUAAUGCACCCGAAAAUCAAAAACCCAUUCGUUUGUACAUUUCGUUGGAUCCCACUUGAUGUUGAUGUUGUUCAGCCCCAGAAUACUGAUGUAGUGAAAGUUCCUCGAUGUAUUGUAUCCCAUUAAAA